AUGGCGUACCCGUACGAUGCAAUACCCGAGGGGUACGAAGGAAUGCACUGGGAGGAUGACAGUGCGGAUGAGCAGGACGCUGAAUUGUCGCUGAACGAUCUGCUGGAGCACUGCUUGUUGCCCACAGUUCACGAAGCCAGUAUUCAGUUCGGCACUGUCAUGAUGUGGUGUUUGAUCUUCCGAGCUUCGGCUAGUUUCCUGCCGCUUCCUGCGAUUCCUGUGCACCUUCUGUCUGCCACGUGUGGAUUAGCAGCUUUGACGUCGAUGUUUGGCGAAGCCGUUUUGUAUUUCCCUGCUUUGGCGACCGUUGGAUACGCUGCUUUAGGUGUUGCGCGCUUUUGCACGCGGUGGGGCUAUCGGUGUUGUGGCCCAGUCUCCGCGUUUGCUUGCGUAGUGUUCAUCAUUUCUAGCUUUUCUGGGUGUUUUCAUUUCAGCGAGCUGGCAUUUUCCGAUCCUUCGGUCUGGCACAUGGUUCGAGGUGCACAAAUGCUGGUGGUCAUGAAAAUCGUAUCUGUGGGAUUCGACGUGGAUUCCGACGAAAAGGCCCAUCUUCCGAAUGCGUCCCAAUAUUACGGCUACAUUUUGCAUGUCGGCUGCGUCGUCUUUGGGCCGUGGAUCUCCUUCAAGGACUACUUGACUGUCCUCACGCGACCAUCCAUUAAUUUCAUCUGGGUGGUGUCGGUGAUGCGAAGUGGAGCCUUGGCCAUGUUCUGCUUUGCCAUGUCGUCGUGCGUCACGAUUUGGACGAGCACUUGGGGCACGUGGAAAUGGUGGCUGGCGUACAACGACGCCUUCGCCUACCGAAUGAGCCAUUAUUUCAUCUCCUUCAUGUCGGAGGCGACGGUGAUGGCGUCGGGGAUCGGCUGUCACGGGGAAGGGAAGACCUGGAGUUUCCCGGUGGCAGUUCCGUCCAAGAUCGAGUUGCCGAGGUCCUUGGUACAAGUCGUCGUUUACUGGAAUAUUCCGAUGCACGUGUGGCUGAAGGAAUACGUGUUCCGGCCAUCCCAGCGCUUCGGCCUCGGCGGGUUCCCUGCGAUACUGCUCACCUACGUCGCCAGUGCCAUGCUUCACGGACUCAACGGUCAGUUGUGGGCAGUUCUGCUGUCCCUGGGACUCUCCACCUACGUGGAACACAUUUUGCGCGAGAAAUUGUCCAGUAUUUACGACGCCUGCAUCAGAGCCCGGCCGUGCAAGGAGAAGUGCUCUCAUCACAAGACCUUCUUCAGCGCGGUGACGCUCGUGUGGAACACCCUGUUUUUCAUUUUAGCCAUUUCCAGCCUGGCCUAUCUCGGGGUCAUGUUUGACUCUGAUCCGAAACUGCAAGAGCAAGGUUAUGAUCUGACGCAUACGUUCGCAAAGUGGCUUUACUUGGAUUUCACGGGCCAUUGGAUAGCCUUGUCCAUGUACGUAGUGUACAAAUUGUCAUGAUUGGGGAAUCCGAAUUUGUUCUGUUUUUUGUUUCGAUCUGAUGAGGUUGUUUUUGUUUUGUUUUUUAUUGCAUUAAGCUAUCGUAUUUUUUAUUAGGAUAGUGGUGACGACGUUGACGCAAUGAGAGCUCGUCUUAUACGGUUGAACCUCAAUCACUUGAACUUCUCUAUGUAGAAAUUAUUUAUUUUUCUUGGUGACCCUUUAGUCGAAAUUCUCCCAAAAACGAUGCUUUUGAAAUCUCCCCAAGUAGAAGGCUCAAACCUCCGUAAGUGUAAGUCCAAGUUUUUUGAAGGUCUUUUGGAUAUCACUUUAUUUCUGCAGGAAAGAUAAAAGCAUUAUGAAUGAAUGUAACUGACGUUUUUGGAAUGGAAGUGACGGAUUCAUUGGGCGAAUAAUCCCUUGCCCUCAACUUUAGCAGUAUCCUUUUGACGCAUUCAGGAAGCAAUUCAAGGCCCAGAAUAUCUCCGAUUACAAUUUCCUGUAAUUAUUUUUUUAUUUUUAUCCAAUAAGGAAUGUCUGUUUUUCUCACUGUAAACCUCCUGAACUGGAAUUGUUUGCUGGUCCGUGGAAGUUUGCCUUGAAUAAGGUUCAAGACUGUAGUUGCUGUGAUUAUGGUGUUUUUUUUACUGACUGAUCUGAUGAAAUGUGGCGACUCGUUGACUAUAUUUCGUGUGAGAUACGAUGGUAUUUUCUUCGUUCUGGCUUCCGUUGAAUUUCCGACGACGUGCUGCAGAUUUUAAUUUUGACAGAAGCUAUGAUGUGUGCUUCUAAAUUCAGUGCUUUACGAAUCGACGGUGCGAUUUGAUGACAGAAGGCAGAAGUCCGUUGUGAGAUUGUACUCAGAUGCUGGCAUGGUGUUUAUUACAGUAUAUUUUUGUUGAAGACUCGCGAUUGCAGGGCGAAAGUAUUUCAAGAUUCAUUCCGUCUCAUGUGAAGUUUUGGAAAAAAAUAUGAGGAAACCAUUGAAAAAAA